AGAACAAGAAAGCUGACUCUGCCGUUGCCACCUAAGAUUCUAUUGAACGCAUUUCUCGAUAGCUCCAUCGUACCUCCAUCGAUAACUCCAAUGGUGACUCUUCAGAGAACCCCACCAAUGGCCGCGCUUCUAGAUUUCAAUACAGUGCAAGAACUCUAUCUUCUACACCUACCCUGCUCUUUCUUUCCUGCGUACGAACCUACGAUUUUUUACCCGGGUUUGAAAUUCUUCACGAUCCGCAGCUUGCUAGUUUCGUUUGAAGCUCGAGAGUCUGAUUUUGGUCACACUGCGACUUUCCCAUCUUCGUCCGUAUCGAACCUGGAAGCCGAUCUUUCGUUUUACGCACCAAUCUUACGUAGUACGUUCCCCUGCGGAAUCCGAUGGCGCGACGCCCCAUGGAGGCUUUAACUAUAAGGACGCCAGGACGGAGCAACGAGGAAAGCUUUUUCAGGGUGGAAUAUUGUCCAGCGGGAGAGGGGAAAUGGAAGGGUAAAUGGUGGGAUGGGUACCUGAAGGUGAAAGGGAGCUCUUGCGUUCUUCAGCGAAUGGCGGCCCAGACCCUGCCCGACAAGGAGCUAAAGCGAGGCGUCAUUCAAAAGGUGGGCGAGUUUUAUUUCAACAAAGUUAAACGAUUGACCGAGGAAGAGUACGGUACGGGCUUAAAAGAGCACCUAAAGACGGAGGUCUUCUUGUUGGAUGACACGCCCGUGACAGUCAGCUAUGACAUGUCCACGACAGUUGGAGAGCUUCUGGCGGGCAUGGACGGGGAUGUGGGUGAGAAGGACUCUCGGACCAUUGGGCUAUACGAGCACAGAAAGUACUACACCACGGUCAACGACAACGAUACAAAUGUUACAAGCGAGUACAAUCUGCUGGAUGAGGGCUCUUACAUGGGGACCGUGAUGGAAGAGCUAGAAAAAUUCAAGGGGAACAGCAUGCAGAUGGAGAAGUCACGCCUUCUGUUGCACAAAAAAUAUUCGCCUCAAAACGGGGGGUCUAUGACUGACCCCGUCCUCCUCCAUGCGUGCUACGCCCAAGUGAGGGAUAUUUUCCAGCGAGGAGGCUUCUUUUUGAAGAGGUGUGAUGUCGCCUGCCUAGCUGCGCUGGAACUUCACGUGGAGUUUGGCAUGCUUCCUGAGCCACAAGUGACACUAGACUGGGGAGCGGAGGUGGGAAGAAUUAUUCCCACAGAUCAGCGGCCUCUGCAAUCCAAGGAGGCGUGGAAAAGAGGCGUGCUCCAGCUUUACAGAGCAUUGCCAUCCCUAUCCCAGAUGGAGUCAAGCCAACAGUUCUUACGACUUAUCGCCAAUCUUCCCUACGUGGGUUCGGAGUUUUACUCCGUGAGAGGCGAACGCUUCACUGUACCAACGGUCCUAGUUGGGAUUAACAGAUAUGGGAUUCAUUUCUUAUGGCACAUGCGUCGAGAGUACUUGUACUCUAUCAAGUGGAGUGACGUCUCCGAAGUGUUCUACAGCCCAACAGGCUUCACUCUAACACUUCGGAGGAGCAAUGCAAGUUCGGUGGUUACUUUAAACCCCAUAACAUCUGAACUGAUUAAGAUUCAAGCAGCCAUUACCACUCAUCGGGCGCGUGGCCUGUUGUUCCAUCCAGAGGCCUUACAGAACACUUCUUUGCUUGCCCCGAUUGCUGCUGCUACUGCGGCUGCUGCUGCUGCUUCUUCUGCUGCUACUGCUGCUGCUGUUGCUGCAUCUCGUGGUGCUGCCACUGCUGCUGCUUCUGUUACCAGGGCUGCCACUCUUGCUGCUGAUACCGCUGCUGCCACCGCUGCUGCUCCUGCUGAUGCCGGUGCUUCCACCGCUGCUACUGUUACCGGUGCUGCCACUCCUGCUGCUGCUACCGGUGCUGCCACCGCUGCUGCUCCUGCUGAUGCUGGUGCUGCAACCGCUGCUGCUGAUGCCGGUGCUACCCCCGCUGCUGCUGAUGCUGGUGCUGCCACCGCUGCUUCCGUUACCGGUGUUGCCACUCCUGGUGCUGAUACCGGUGCUGCCACCGCUGCUGCUCCUGCUGAUGCCGGUGCUGCCACCGCUGCUGCUGAUGCCGGUGCUGCCACCCCUGCUGCUGAUACCGGUGCUGCCACGGCUGCUGCUCCUGCUGAUACCGGUGCUGCCACUGCUGCUACAGGAACUGUACCUUCCACAGUUGUUGCGAAAAGCCAAGCUCAAAUGAAGGAGGAUCUUGAGAAGUGGAGCAGGGAAUGCAAUGAAAAAGUGGACCAGCUUCAGCAGGCAAGACAGGAGGCGGAAGAGGCCCGCGAAGAGGCACAACGUGCCAGAGAGGACGCUCAGGCUCUGGAGGAAAAUCUCGAGGAGGCGCGCUGCUCAAAGGAGGCUGCUCAAAGGAGGCUGGAUGCUGUAAAGGAUGAGGCCACUCGUGCGGCAUCUCAGCACUUGGAGGAGCUUCAACGGGCACGAGAUGCUGCUGCUAGCACGGCUGUGGAGGAGUUGGGCAUGGAGCGUGCGCAGUUGCAGGCUAAGGCAGAGGCUGCCAAGCAGCAUGCACAGUCACUUGAGAAGACGGUGGAGGAGGAGCGGCGCAUGACGGAUGCAGCUGUGGCGCAUUUUGAUGACAUGGCAUCGGCAUUGACUGAGCUCGAGAGGAAGCUGCUGGAUGCUACGAGUCGACUGGAGGCGGCGAAGGAGAACGUGUCUCGUGCUGAUCGUGAGGUCGUUGUUUUGGAGGAGGAGAGGUCGUUUCUGAUUGCGGCGCAGUCGCAGGCAGCAGAGCGAGACGCAGCUGCGAGGAAGAGGCUGCAAGAAACCAUUACGCGGAUGCUGGAGGGCUUUGAGAGGCAGCGGGUGGAUAAUGCUCAGCAAGUCGUCAUGCAUCAACAAGCAAUUGAUGCUGCGAGUAAGGAGGUGGAAAGGGCUCGUACAGAGGCACAGCGUGCCAGAGACGAGGCAGGGGCUCUACAGAGGAUGCUGGAGGAGGAGCGCCGGGAGAAAGAUGCAGAGAAGGAGUGCAGUAGCGGAUUUGUUGCAUCAUUGGCCCAGCGUGAGAGGGAGCUGGACGCCGCUCGAAGGAGCCUGGCUGCUGCAGAGGGGGAGGCCGCUCGUGCGGCUACUCGGCACUUGGAGGAGCUUCAACGGGCACGAGAUACCGCUGCUAGCACGGCGGCGGAGGAGUUGGGCAGGGAGCGUGCGCAGUUGGAGGCGGAGGCAGAGGCUGCCAGGCAGCAUGCACAGUCGCUUGAGAAGACGGUGGAGGAGGAGCGGCGCGUGACGGAUGCAGCUCUGUCGCAUUACAAUGGCGUGGCAUCGGCGGUGACUGAGCUCGAGAGGAAGCUGCAGGAUGUAACGUGUCGACUGGAGGCGGCGGACAAGAGCGCGUCUCAUGCUGCUCUUGAGACUGCAGAUCUGGAGAAGGAGAAAGCAACUCUGAUUGCGGCGCAGUCAAAGGCAGCAGAGGGACAAGCGAGCACUCUGAAGGAGUUCCACCAGUUGGAGGGAGUGCAUUUGGCGAUGAAGAGCGCUCAAGCUACCAAGGAAGCUCAAUGGGCAGCUGAGAGGAAGAGGCUGCAAGAAACUAUUGACCGCGUGGAGGAGAAAUGUGAAAAGACGCGGGCGGAUUGCUGUCAGUGUCAGCAGGCAGUUGAUGUUGCGAGCAAGGAGGCAGAAGAGGCCCGCGCAGAGGCACAACGUAUCAGUAAGGACGCGCAGGGUUUAGAGAAGAAACUGGAGGAGACGCGGCGGGAGAAAGAUGCAGUCCAGGCACGUAGUAGUGGAUUGGCUGCAUCUUUGACACAGCAUCAGAUGGAGUUGGAGGAUGCCAGAACGAGGCUGGCUGCCGUAACUGAAGAGGCUGCUCGUGCGGCUACUCAGGAGGAGGAGCUGCAGAAUUUGCGAAGGGAUCGUACGCAGCACUCGGAGGAGCUUCAGCAGGCACGCACGGCUGCGGAGGAGUUGCGCAUGGAGCGUGUGCAGUUGGAGGCGAAGGCAGAGGCUGCCAGGCAGCAUGCACAGUCGCUUGAGAAGACGGUGGAGGAGGAGCGGCGACUGAGGGAUGAGGUGGUGGCUCAGAAGAGUGCAUUGGCAUCAACUGUGACGGAACGUGAGAGGGAGCUGAAUGAUGCUCUGAGACUGCGGGCUGAGGCAGAGGAAAGAGCCAAUCAUGCUGCUAACGAGGCAUCUAAGUUGCAGCAUGAGAAGUCAUUGCUGGAUGUUUCAAGGGCGCGGGCAGAAGAGGCGGUGGCGAACACAUUACAAUUGCUUCACCAGUUAACAACCAAUCACGCUGCCGAGAAAAAUGCUUGGGAAUCUGAGCGAACAAGGCUGCAAGAGUCCUUUGCUCGGAUGCUGCAGAAUCUCGAGCGGCAGCAGGAGGCCAAUAAGAAGGCGGUGGAAAGAGGGCGGGCAGAUGUUGCAGAGCUCAAGGCGCAGCUGGGGGAGGCGCUGAGGACAGCUGCUGCUGAAAAAAACAAGAAGGAGGAGCUGCAGAGAAAAGUGGACGAGUACGAUGAAGAGCUACGUGCUAUUCGUGUUGACUCGGACGAUGAUAUAUUCACAGGGCCACCAGAGCUGGCGAUGCUCCCAGGCGGGUUCAUGCAGGGGAACAGAAAAGCGACAGGAAACAGGCGCGAAGAUACAGGCUCCACAGAUUCAGAGGAGGAAGUUGAGGAGGAAGAAGUUGGGGAAAGGGAAGGGGAAGUUGCAAGGGGGGGAGAUGUGUGAGCCGUAAUGUUGAUGUUGGGUUGCACUUGGAUGUUGCCUAGGUUAGAAUACUAGAAUAGUUACAAAGAAGAGAGAACAAGACAGAUAUAGGGUUUGGGUUGUACUUUACAUGCAGAUGUACAGUAUGUAUAUGUUGACACACCCCCUAGGCUAGAUAAGGGGUAGUGCUGAGCAAGAAGCACACAGCUCAGGGUGGCACUACUAGUCCAACCUCUGAGGCAGGGAUCCGAAGACCAG